AUGGCGGAGCUCGAGACGGUGCAGCCUGAACCGGAGGCGCCCGAAGUUCUCAAUGGGGACGCCGAAGAGAACGAAGAGAAAGAGGACGCGGAGCCCUCGGAAACAGGGAAGAAAAAGAGAAGAAAAAAGAAGAAGAAGAAGACGGCUGUCCCAGGUAAGAAAGAAUGCAUGACGGUGAGGAUAAAUGCCGUUUUGGAAAUAGCGCAUUAUUGAGAGGUCCCCUGUUGUGCCAUAGCGUAAAAAGACCAGUAAAGAUGAGAAGCAUGGGACUUUAUUACCUGUCAGAAAGUGCUAAUGUUCCGCCGCAGCUGUCACCGCUGUCUUCACCUGGAAGUGAACGGCCACCGGUGCCGUUAUGAGGGCUAAAGGGGAGAUGCACAUCUGGAAAAGGGACAAUGCCUCUCCCGAGGCUUGAAAACGCUUCUUCUAUUGGUUUAAUGGAAUGCUGUCAAAUUCGAAAAUUGAAGGAUGUUGCAGGAAUAAGAUGACAGUCAUAUUCCAGUACUUUUCAGCACUCGUCUUCUUGCGUUAUAAAAGAGCUCCACUAGUGAGAAAAAAAAAAGUAUGCUUUAGCAUUAAAUUAAUUGCUGACAAAACUAUAUGACAAGCACCUUAUCUUGUAAAAACACAUGUGGACUUGAUAUUAUUUUGUGGUGUGUGUUAAACUAUGGAUCUAUAUAGUCCUGUUUCUGAAGGGCUAUAGAUGGCAUGGCAUAAUGCUGCAGGGUACCUACAUAUGCCCUUGGGAUAUUGAUUCUAGGUAUAGAUACAAAUUAUGCAUUGCUCCUGCCAAGUUCUGUUCACAGUAGAUGCACUUUCUCAAAAUGUAUCAAUUUACUCACUUUAAGUGUGUGUGUGUUGCGCACGCACGUGCGUUUGUGUGUGUGUGUGUGUGUGUAUGUUGCGUGUGUGUGUGUGUGUGUUGAAUGUGUGUGUGUGUUCUGUGUGUGUGUGUGUUGCAUGUGUGUGUGUGUUCGAGUGUGUGCGUGUAUGACUUUGCAGCAGGGACAAAUGAGUGUGAGGGGGAUGGAGAUACUGGAGGAGGUGUUGGGGAUGUGACGAAACAGUUGGAGCAGCAAGCCCUGCCGGAGGACAAAGAGAAGGAGGAGGAUGGAGAGGAGGGUACGACUUCAUCUUCAUCAUCGUCAUCAUUCACCGUUCUCAUACUCAACAUGUGACCUGCGACAUGAGUUUGGUGUCGUUCACCAACUAGUUGCGUUACCUGCUAGCACUGCACUGGGUAUUGUGACUGACUGAACCACUUCUCAGGUCCUCUUUCACUUUAUCAUCAUUGUCCUUAACGUUCUCGUGUGGAUCUUGAAGUCCCGAUUUCCCCUUAAACCAAACAAACGUAUAAUUUGACCUGUGACAUGAGUUGGCGUCUGCUGCUGCGCAUUACUGUAACUUCUUAAGUGCAAACAGUUAACUGCAAGCAUUGUGAAUUGUGACUGAAUACGUCAUGUGUCAUGUUCGUUAAGAGAAUGAAAAAUGCAUGUUUUGGACAGAUGGAGAAGAGGGUGAAAACUCAGCAGGGAAGAAGAAGAAGAAGAAGAAAAAGAAGGGAGGUUUGUCUUCAUCAGUCAUUGUUUCUCCCACUGCAUGGUUUCAGUUCCUUUUGUUACCACUUCAGAACCUUUCAUGUUUUUUACAGAUGAAACCCAUGUUGAUAUGUCUUGAGCUGAUGAGUUAUCUUGUGUUAAGUUGCGUCAAUUCAAAUCUGGUAUUAGGAACAAAAGAGGUCAAUACACGUCUUCUAAAAUAGACUAGUAUUUUAAUUAAUGCAAAACACUUCAAUGGUAAAUAUGAUGUUCGUAUAUACGGGUCCACUGAAAUACCACGCAGGGCACUCAGAGAACGGAUCCAUUGUUCUAAGUUCUUCUUCAAAUACUCUGACAGAGAUAGUUCCCGCUCCCUGCUGGCCAAUCAGAGUAGAGACUGAGCGUGGUUUAGACUUACUCAGCCAGUCGUUGGCGCACAGGCUGGUCCCAGUCCCUUGGCGCUUUACCGUUGCACACUGUUGCCAGGCAUAAGUUGUUAUCAUCACACCCUGUAGAGUCAUCACCCAUAGACACUGUUCCCCUGUACUCCUUGUACCUACGUCCUUGGACGGUUCACAGAUCACAAAGAGGCAGUGUUCGUGUCUGUGAGAAAUACAAGUCUUAUCUCAUCCUACCCCCUAACGUUCCUCACAUGAAUCACAGCUUGUUAUGUGAAACAAUUUAUAUCAGUACAGUACAAACCCAUUAUGUUUAAUCAUUAAUGCAUUCUUUCUAAGCUAGUCAUCACAUCUAGAUCCCCGCACUUGAGAAGAGGUUUCCCCAUACUAGACUGUUACUGCACCUCUAUUAGUGAUACAGUGCAUUCGGAAAGUAUUCAGACCCGUUAACUUUUUCCACAUUUUGAAACGUUACAGCCUUAUUCUGAAAUGGGUUACAUUGUCUAUAUUGCCAUACACCCUGUAGCAUGUGUUGCGACCAUAUGUGACCAUGUGUUGCUAAUAGCAACAAUGUGUUGCACAUCUGCAGACGCUAACCUCUCUCUUCUCAUCCUCCUCUCCCUCCCUCCCUCCCUCCCUCCCUCCCUCCCUCCCUCCCUCUCUCUUCUCAUCCUCUCCUCUCCCUCCCUCCAUCUCACUCUCUCUAUCUGGGGCACAGUGAAGGGGCAGACUGACCCUCCCACCAUCCCUAUUUGUGAGCUGUAUCCCAGUGCUGUCUUCCCAAAGGGAGAGGAGUGUGAAUAUCCCCCAUCUAAAGACGGGUAUGUCACCUCUACCAAGUCCAUUGGCCUUAUGUAGUGUGGUGGCCAUAGAUCCUAUGCAGUGUGGUGGCCAUAUAUCUUAUGUAGUGUGGUGGCCAUAUAUCUUAUGUAGUGUGGUGGCCAUAUAUCUUAUGUAGUGUGGUGGCCAUAUAUCUUAUGUAGUGUGGUGGCCAUAUAUCUUAUGUAGUGUGGUGGCCAUAUAUCUUAUGUAGUGUGGUGGCCAUAUAUCUUAUGUAGUGUGGUGGCCAUAUAUCUUAUGUAGUGUGGUGGCCAUAUAUCUUAUGUAGUGUGGUGGCCAUAUAUCUGGUGGCCAUAUAUCUUAUGUAGUGUGUGGCCAUAUAUCUUAUGCAGUGUGUUGGCCAUAUAUUUAUGUAGUGUGGUGGCCAUAUAUCUUAUGUAGUGUGGUGGCCAUUAUCUUAUGUAAUGUGGUGGCCAUAUAUCUUAUGUAGUGUGGUGGCAUAUAUCUUAUGCGUUGUAAGACCUAGCAUGUGGUGCCUAUCUUAUGUAGUGUGGUGGCCAUAUAUCUUAUGUAUGUGGUGGCCAUAUAUCUUAUGUAGUGUGGUGGCCAUAUAUCUAUGUAGUGUGGUGGCCAUAGAUCUUAUGUAGUGUGGUGGCCAUAUAUCUUAUGUAGUGUGGUGGCCAUAUAUCUUAUGUAGUGUGGUGGCCAUAUAUCUUAUGUAGUGUGGUGGCCAUAUAUCUUAUGUAGUGUGGUGGCCAUAUAUCUUAUGUAGUGUGGUGGCCAUAUAUCUUAUGUAGUGUGGUGGCCAUAUAUCUUAUGUAGUGUGGUGGCCAUAUAUCUUAUGUAGUGUGGUGGCCAUAUAUUAUGCAGUGUGGUGGCCAUAUAUAUUAUGUAGUGUGGUGGCCAUAUAUCUUAUGUAGUGUGGUGGCCAUAUAUCUUAUGUAAUGUGGUGGCCAUAUAUCUUAUGUAGUGUGGUGCCCAUAUAUCUUAUGCAGUGUGGUAGCCAUAGAUCCUAUGCAGUGUGGUGGCCAUAGAUCUUAUGUAGUGUGGUGGCCAUAUAUCUUAUGUAGUGUGGUGGCCAUAUAUCUUAUGCAGUGUGGUGGCCAUAGAUCUUAUGCAGUGUGGUGGCCAUAGAUCUUAUGCAGUGUGGUGGCCAUAGAUCUUAUGCAGUGUGGUGGCCAUAGAUAUUAUGCAGUGUGGUGGCCAUAGAUCUUAUGCAGUGUGGUGGCCAUAGAUCUUAUGCAGUGUGCUGUGUGGCCAUAGAUCCUAUGCAGUGUGGUGUCCAUAGAUCUUAUGCAGUGUGGUGGCCAUAGAUCUUAUGCAGUGUGCUGUGUGGCCAUAGAUCCUAUGCAGUGUGGUGGCCAUAGAUCUUAUCGAGGUCGCUGUGGUUUACAGUCCAUCAUACUUCAUACUCUAAAACAUAACACAAAUAUUGGAUGUGCCUCAGUCACCCAAGAUAACACUAUAAAAUGUUAUUCACAACUAUGCUGUUUUUUAUUCACAAUACCAGGUCUCUCUUGCCAAAUAGAUUUUAUCUAAUUGAAACCUGGUUAAAUCAAGGUUAAAUGAAAACAUUUAAAAUAAGACACACACACACACACACUCACACACACACACACACAUACAAACACACACACACACACACACACACUCACCCACUAUGUUAAUCUAUACCUGCAUUAUAAACUGCAAUGUUUGCUGCAUCAUUUCCUGAAGGUGUUGUUUGACAUCCCAAUCCCAUUAGAAGAUAAAGAUUGUGUGUGUGUGUGUGUGCGUGUGUGUUUCCCUCCCAGGCGCAGUGCAGCCUGGCGCACCACCCAUGAGGAGAAGAGGGUCCUUGACAAGGCCAACGAGGAGAUGUGGAGUGACUUCCGUCAGGCUGCCGAGGCCCACAGACAGGUCCGAAACUACGUCAACACCUGGAUCAAACCUGGGAUGACCAUGAUCGACAUCUGGUGAGGGUCAUUCAUUUACUAUAUCGUACAGGCCCUGGUACGAGCUGGCCUGACAGCACUGUAAUGGACUUGGUUGAUUUUUUAUUUUUAUUUUUAUUUCACCUUUAUUUAACCAGGUAAACCAGUUGAGAACAAGUUAACAUUUACAACUGCGACCUGGCCAAGAUAAAGCAAAGCAGUGCGAUAAAAACAACAACACAGAGUUACAUAUGGGGUAAAACAAAACAAAGUCAAAAAUACAACAGAAAUACAUAUAUAUACAGUGUGUGCAAAUGUAGCAAGUUAUGGAGGUAAGGCAAUAAAAUAGGCUAUAGUGCAAAAUAAUUACAAUUAGUAUUAACACUGGAAUGAUAGAUGUGCAAGAGAUGAUGUGCAAAUAGAGAUACUGGGGUACAAAUGAGCAAAAUAAAUAACAAUAUAGGGAUGAGGUAGUUGGGCGGGCUAAUUUCAGAUGGGCUGUGUACAGGUGCAGUGAUCGGUAAGGUGCUCUGACAACUGAUGCUUCAAGUUAGUGAGGGAGAAGAUAAGUGUCUCCAGCUUCAGAGAUUUUUGCAAUUUGUUCCAAUCAAUGAUGUUCACUUUAGUCAAAUUGUGUAUUGAUGUAUUUGAGUAAUUUGAGCGAUUCUCAAUCCUGCUCUCGGAGAGUAGCAGUACUGCAGGUUUUUGUCCCAGCUCAGCAGUAAAACACCUGAUUUGGUUCAUCAACUGACCUACUCCUUCAUUAGCUGGAUCAGGUGGUUCUCUGGUGAGCUGGUGCUGUAGCUCCCCAUGAGCAGCACUGAGGAUCAUGGAGUGAGUCUGUGUUGACCUGCAUGGUUAACCUGUGUUGCUGAAGUGAAAAUGUCCUGAAUGUGACACCUGUCCCUGUCAUCUGUGGUCCCUGUCUGUCAGUGAGUGACUAGAGGAUUGCACUAGGAGGCUGAUAAAAGACACUGAGGCUGUAUUAACUUCAACCUACAGUACAUGGUUAAGCUGUAUUAACCCCCUGUCCCUGUCUCUGUCCUGUAUGGUCUCUCCCUGUCUGUCCCUGUCUGUCACUGUCUGUCCCUGUCUGACUGGUUUGUCCCUGUCCUGUCUUUCCCUGUCUGUCCCUGUCCCUGUCCUUGUCCCUGUCUGUCUCUGUCCCUGUCUGUCUCUGUCCCUGUCUGUCCCUGUCUGUCCCUGUCUGUCCCUGUCUGUCCCUGUCUGUCCCUGUCUCCCUGGUCUGUCCCUGUCCCUGUCUGUCACUGUCUGUCCCUGUUUGUCCCUGCCUGCCUGGUCUGUCCCUGUUCCUGUCUGUCCCUGUCCCUGUCUGUCCCUGUCUGCCUGGUCUGUCCCUGUCUGACUGGUCUGUCCCUGUCCUGUCUGUCCCUGUCUGUCCCUGUCCUGUCUGUCUCUGUCCCUGUCUGUCCCUGUCUCCCUGGUCUGUCCCUGUCCCUGUCUGUCCCUGUCUGCCUGGUCUGUCCUGUCUGUCACUGUCCCUGUCUGCCUGGUCUGUCCCUGUCUGUCCCUGUCCCUGUCUGUCCUGUCUGUCCUGUCUGUCCCUGUCUGCCUGGUCUGGCCCUGUAUAUCAGCGAGCGACUGGAGGACUGCAGUAGGAGGCUGAUCAAAGAGAAUGGUCUGAAGGCUGGCCUGGCAUUCCCCACUGGCUGCUCUAUCAACCAUGUUGCUGCCCACUACACCCCUAACGCUGGAGACCCCACAGUACUACAGUACAAUGACGUCUGCAAGAUAGACUUCGGCACGCACGUCAACGGUCAGAGGGCACACUGACACUGAGUUUCUGUUCAGUCUGUAGUUACGUUUUUAUAUAAAAUAGACUUGCAGGCACAUCAAUGGUCAACACUGCCACUGAGUUUUGUCAAUCAAUCAAACGUAUUUAGAAAGCCUUUUCUAAUUCAGCAGUGUUGUCACAAAGUGCUUUACAGAUACCCAGCCUAAUGUCUGUAUCUGGUUGCACUUGCAUUUUACAGCGGUAAUAGUCAAGGGUUUUGAUCCCAGCGUUUUAAUACCAUUACACCUGACUCAACUAAUCAACUGACCUUCAACACAUUUGAUGAGCUGAAUCAGGUGUUUAACUGCUGAACUAGGACAAAAACCUGCAGUAGUGCGGUUCUACAAAAAGCAGGUUUGAAGAUCCAUUUUAAAGUCUAUCGCUAUCUUCUGGACUUUAUUUAGAUAUUAAAUAUUAAAAUUGUGCUGUAAUCACCUGAUACAUUGUAAUCACACUUCAUACCCAUACUUUCGUAAAUACCAGGCAAAUACCAGGCUAAGACAGGAAGGUAAGAUCUAACUUUUACCUCGUGUCGUUGCAUUUGGCUGAUAUUCAUGUUGUUGGUGUUUCAGGUCGAAUAAUUGACUGUGCCUUUACCGUGACCUUCAACCCAAAGUAUGACAGACUACUGGAGGCUGUGAGAGAUGCUACCAACACAGGCAUCAGGGUAACGCAACCCAUUUAUCCAUUCACUAUGACUUUGGUUCCGAUUGUUCAGUGGGUUAGACUAGAGCAUGUAAAAAAGGCAGUUCCUUUCAGCCAAUCAUCGGGUUUAAAUGGACAUUUGGGCCAUGGCCCCUCCCACUCCAGGUUAGAGUGGUUAUAGUUGUUGGCAGAUGAAGAACCACGUUUGGCUGCCAACCAAGUUAUCUGUGUGUUUUACUUCUAUGAUGUGUGUGUGCAACUGUGUGGUGGUGACCAAGAGAUAAUAAAGCUCUGGAUGUGGACACAUCUGCCUGGUUCUUACCGGACCGUCUGUAGUGGCUUCGGACCAAAGUCGACCGUCUGAAGUGGGGUCAGACCAAAGUAGACCGUCUGAAGUGGCUUCGGACGAAAGUAGACCGUCUGUAGUGGGGUCAGACCAAAGUAGAGUCAGCAUUAAGUCACCGAGGGCAUCUACAGCCAACCGCUGAGACGGCUCCAGCUAGCCGUUUUUACAGUGCAGGCAACAUCAGGGUUGUGGGUUAGACUCCCACAUGGGCCACAUAAUACUGAAUAUAUCUGUUAAUGUUGACAGUUCUGUAAUCCGCUUUGGAUAAAAGCUUCUGCUAAAUGACCAUAUUUUGGAUGCUAGCUAACAUCCUAAGAGGAUAUGUGAUGUAACUCUCACUCCCCACUCGUCUGAUAAUGAGCUCUGUAGAGAUGGUUGGUUGAUGUUUGCUUGUGUAACUGUCAACUCUUGUCUAUUUGUGACCCAUGUAGAGAGAGCUUGUGUAACUGUCAACUGUUUUCUGUGCCAGUGUGCAGGGAUAGAUGUGCGUCUGUGUGACGUGGGUGAAACCAUCCAGGAGGUCAUGGAGUCUUAUGAGGUGGAGAUAGAUGGGAAAACAUACAAAGGUAUCAGUCUGUCUGUCUGUCUGUCUGUCUGUAUGUCUCUCUGUCUCUCUUUGUCUCUCUCUGUCUCUGUCUCUCUCUGUCUCUCUCUGUCUCUCUGUCUCUCUCUCUCUCUCUCUGUCUCUGUCUCUCUGUCUCUCUGUCUCUGUCUCUCUGUCUCUGUCUCUGUGUCUCUGUCUCUCUGUCUCUCUCUGUCUCUCUGUCUCUGUCUCUCUCUCUGUCUCUCUGUCUCUGUGUCUCUGUCUCUCUGUCUCUCUGUCUCUGUCUCUCUGUCUCUGUGUCUCUGUCUCUCUGUCUCUCUGUCUCUGUGUCUCUCUCUCUGUGUCUCUGUCUCUGUCUCUCUGUCUCUCUGUCUCUCUGUCUCUGUGUCUCUCUCUCUGUGUCUCUGUCUCUGUCUCUCUGUGUCUCUGUCUCUGUGUCUCUCUCUCUGUCUCUCUGUCUCUGUGUCUGUCUGUCUGUCUGUCUGUCUGUCUGUCUGUCUGUCUCUCUCUCUCUCUCUCUCUCUCUGUUUGUCUCUCUGUUUGUUUGUUUAUAUGGGAAAACACACUGGGCUCUUACUGUUUUCCUAAUCUUUCAGUUUGCUGGUUUGAUGAGAGAAAUUACAAUUACAAAUAUAUUGCAGAUACUGUAUGUAUGUACACUACCGUUCAAAAGUUUGGGGUCACUUAGAAAUGUCCUUGUUUUCGAAAGAAAAGCAAUUUUUUGGUCCAUUUAAAUUAACAUCAAAUUGAUCAGAAAUAAAGUGUAGACAUUGUUAAUGUUGAAAAUUGCUAUUGUAGCUGGAAACGGCAGAUUUUUAAUGGAAUAUCUACAUAGGCGUACAGAGGCCCAUUAUCAGCAACCAUCAGUCCUGUGUUCCAAUGGCACGUUGUGUUUGCUAAUCCAAGUUUAUCAUUUUAAAAGGCUAACUGCUCAUUAGAAAACCCCUUUGCAAUUAUGUUAGCACAGCUGAAAACUGUUGUACUGAUUAAAGAAGCAAUAAAACUGGCCUUCUUGAGACUAGUUGAGUAUCUGGAGCAUCAGCAAUUGUGGGUUCGAUUACAGGCUCAAAAUGGCCAGAAACAAAUAACUUUCUUCUGAAACUCUUUCUUCUGAAACUCGUCAGUCUAUUCUUGUUCUGAGAAAUGAAGGCUAUUCCAUUCGAGAGAUUGCCAAGAAACUGAAGAUCUCGUACAACGCUGUGUACUACUCCCUUCACAGAACAGCGCAAGCUGGCUCUAACCAGAGAUAAUUUGGACUCCAAACCAAAGGACACAUUUCCACCGGAAAUUAUGUCCAUUGCUCGUGGUUCUUGGCCCAAGCAGGUCUCUUCUUCUUAUUGGUGUCCUUUAGUAGUGGUUUCUUCUCAGCAAUUCGACCAUGAAGGCCUGAUUCACACAGUCCCCUCUGAACAGUUGAUGUUGAGAUGUGUCUGUGACUUGAACUCUGUGAAGCUUUUAUUUGGGCUGCAAUUUCUGAGGCUGGUAACUCUAAUGAACUUAUCCUCUGCAGCAGGGGUAACUCUGGGUCUUCCAUUCCUUUGGCGGUCCUCAUGAAAGCCAGUUUCAUCAUAGCGCUUGAUGAUUUUUGCAACUGCACCUGAAGAAACUUUCAAAGUUCUUGAAAUGUUCUGUAUUGACUGACAUUCAUGUCUUAAAGUAAUGAUGGACUGACGUUUCUUUUGCUUAUUUGAGCUAAUCUUGCCAUUAUAUGGACUUGGUCUUUUACCAAAUAGGGCUAUCUUCUGUAUACCCCCCUUACCUUGUCUCAACACAACUGAUUGGCUCAAACGCAUUAAGAAGGAAAGAAGUACCACAAAUUAACUUUUAACAAGGCACACCUGUUAAUUGAAAUGCAUUCCAGGUGACUACCUCAUGAAGCUGGUUGAGAGAAUGCCAAGAGUGUGCAAAGCUGUCAUCAAGGCAAAGGGUGGCUAUUUGAAGAAUCUCAAAUUUAAAAUAUAUUUUGAUUUGUUUAACACUUUGUUGGUUACUACAUGAUUCCAUAUGUGUUAUUUCAUAGUUUUGAUGUCUUCAUUAUUAUUCUACAAUGUAAAAACAGUAAAAAUAAAGAAAAACCCUUUAAUGAGUAGGUGUGUCCAAACUUUUAACUGGUACUGUAUAUAGAGAUAUUUUACUGUAUAUAUAUAUAUAUAUAUAUAUAUAUAUAUAUAUAUAUAUAUAUAUAUACAGAGAUAUAGAUAUAUUACAGAUAUAUUUUCUAUCUAUAUUUUUAUUUUUAUUUAUUAUUUCCUAUGUAGUAAAGCCAAUCAGGAACCUCAAUGGACACUCCAUCGGCCAGUACAGGAUUCACGCAGGCAAGACUGUCCCCAUCGUCAAGGGAGGAGAAGCUACCAGAAUGGAGGUGGGUACUGACUGGUGACUGACUGGUGACUGACUGGUGACUGACUGGUGACUGACUGGUGACUGACUGGCGACUGACUGGGUACUGACUGGGUACUGACUGGGUACUGACUGGUGGCUUCUUUCGCUCAUUUGUACAGAAGGCUUUUCAGAUGUUACCUUAGUACAAUGUAGUCAAACUUCUUCUUCGUCUUCGUCUUAUUUCAUUCCAUCAUGUCUGCAACAACAAACUCAAGGUACACAUCUCUUGCGGGUUCAUUCUGUUCAAGUGAAAUUAUAUAUAAAAAAUAACAAAUCCUUGAGUAGCCUAUAAUAAAACCCUUAAGUAAGUGUAAUUGGAAGGAAAUCUCUAGAGUUACAACGAGGUGUCGAGAUCAGCUCAGAUUAACAUCUCACAUGUAUACACACACACACACACACACACACACACACACACACACACUCCAACACUCCAACACCUCCUUAGUCACCUCCUUCAGUUCUUUAAUUACACCUUUAAUCACAUUAUUGCACUUUUAAUCACAUUAUUACACCUUUAAGCACAUUAUUGCACCUUUAAGCACAUUAUCAGCCAGAAGCAUCAAGUAGCAUGUAGCGCGCGCCACUUGAUGAAACUCCAGCUCCUUAAUUGCAUCUCUAAGCGCAUCGAGUUCUCACCACUCAAAGUCCAUUAAUGACCAGUUACCUCACUAAAGGAGAUAUCGCCUAGAUACCUUAAACAUAUCUUCAGAGAUACCUAGAUACCUGUAUAGAUACCUGAGGAUCUAAGUAUAUUGCCCAGGUAGGGACCAUAUUGGUGAGGUCACAGAGGUCAAUUAGCCUGGUACCAGAUCUGUCUGCGCUGUUUUGCCAACUCCUAAGGUGUGACAAUGACCACAUGAGUCGGUAAGACAGCACAAACAGAUCUGGGGCUUCAGGCUAGAGGUCUGUAGCCGAUUAACCACAGCUGCAAUGCUUAACUCCGUUUGGACAGAAUGUAACAUUUUAAUUGGCGGGCUGCUGAGUGGUGCAUUUUACUGAUGUUUCCAGCGAAGCCAGGGAUGGAUGGAUGGAUAGAGUUGCUGAUGUGCCAGGUUUGAGGGUUUUCAUUUUAGCUGGACUGAGUGGUGGUGUGUCAGGGCCAUCACCCUCUUUGUAUGAGAGUGUGUGUGUGUGUGUGUGUGUGUGUGUGUGUGUGUGUGUGUGUGUGUGUGUGUGUGUGUGUGUGUGUGUGUGUGUGUGUGUGUGUGCAGGCUUGGGUGCCAGCGUGUGUGUGUGUGUGAUCAUAGUGCUCUCUGUUCUGCUGGAGUGUCAGCAGGACUCUCACUGAGUGAUUAUCUGAGCAGAGAGGAAGGGUGUCAGUGUUAUCAGCUAAUACACAGGGCCUUGAACUGCCUGAUAUUAUGGUGCUUUUCCAUUGAGACUCACCCCCACACCAGUGGGCCAGCCUCACCCCCACACCAGUGGGGACCGAGACGUUACCCCCAACACCAGUUGGGCCCACAGUGGGUCAGACUUACCCCCACACCAGUGGGCCAUACUACCCCACACCAGUGGGCCACCAGUGGGUCAUACUUACUCCCAACCACGGUGGGCCGACAUACCCUCCACACCUGGGCCAGACUUACCCCCACACUAUUGGGCCAUACUUAACCCCCACACCAUGGGCCACCAGUGGUCAGAUUUCCCCCCCAACCAUUGGGUCAAACUUCCCCUCCACACAUUUGGCCACAGUGGGUCAGAACUUUACCCCCACACCAGUAGGUGCCACCAGUGGUCAGACUUACCCCCACACCAAGUGGCCCGUGGGGUCGACCUACCCCCACACCAGUGGGUCACUUACCCCCCACCAGUGGGUCAGCCUUACCCCCCCACCAUGGGCCACCAUGUGUGUCAGACUUACCCCCACACCAUAUGGGGCAGACUCACCCCCACACCAUGUGCCACCAGUGUGUCAGACUUACCCCCACACCAGUGGGCCACCAGUGGGUCAGACUUACCCCCACACCAGUGGGCCACCAGUGGGUCAGACUUACCCCCACACCAGUGGGCCAGACUUACCCCCACACCAGUGGGCCACCAGUGGGUCAGACUUACCCCCACACCAGUGGGCCACCAGUGGGUCAGACUUACCCCCACACCAGUGGGCCAGACUUACCCCCACACCAGUGGGCCACCAGUGGGUCAGACUUACCCCCACACCAGUGGGCCAGACUUACCCCCACACCAGUGGGCCACCAGUAGGUCAGACUUACCCCCACACCAGUGGGUCAGACUUACCCCCACACCAGUGGGUCAGACUUACCCCCACACCAGUGGGCCACCAGUGGGACAGGACUUAACCCCCACACCAGUGGGCCACCAGUGGGACAGACUUACCCCCACACCAGUGGGGACAGACUUACCCCCCACACCAGUGGGUCAGACGUACCCCCACACCAGUGGGCCACCAGUGGGACAGACUUACCCCCACACCAGUGGCCAUGCCACCAUUGGGUCAGACUUACCCCCACACCAGUGGGUCAGACCUUACCCCCACACCCAGUGGGCCAGACUUACCCCCACACCAGUGGGCCACCAGUGGGUCAGACUACCCCCACACCAGUGAGCCAGACUUACCCCCCACACCAGUGGGGCCACCAGUUGGGUCCGAUUGGUCAGACUUACCCCCACACCAGUGGGCCAGACUUACCCCCACACCAGUGGGCCACCAGUGGGUCAGACUUACCCCCACACAGUGGGCCAGACUUUACCCCCACACCAGUUGGGUCAGACUAACCCACACCAGUGGGGCCAGACUUACCCCCCACACCAGUGGGCCACCAGUGGGUCAGACUUACCCCCCACACCAGUGGGCCAGACUUUACCCCACCACCACCAGUGGCCAGACUUACCCCCCACACCAGUGGGCCACCAGUGGGUCAGGACUUACCCCCACACCAGUGGGCCAGACUUCCCCCACACCAGGGGCCACCAAGUGGGUCAGACUUACCCCCACACCAGUGGGCCAGACUUACCCCCACACCAGUGGGUCAGACUUACCCCCACACCAGUGGGCCAUACUUACCCCCACACCAGUGGGCCACCAGUAGGUCAGACUUACCCCAGCACCAGUAGGUCAGACUUACCCCCCACCAGUGGGCCACCAGUGGGACAGACUUACCCCCACACCAGUGGGCCACCAGUGGGUCAGACCACCCCCACACCAGUGGGCCAGACUUACCCCACACCAGUGGGCCACUUCCCAACUGGGCCACCAGUGGCCGUACCCCCACACCAGGCCAGACUACCGCCACCAGUGGGCACGUACCCCAAACUGGCCCCUUACCCACACCAUGGGCACAGUGGACGCCCCUACACCAGUCCCAGUGGGCAGACUUACCCCCACCAGUGGGCCAGACUUACCCCCACACAGUGGGCCACCAGUGGGUCAGACUUACCCCCACACCAGUGGGCCAGACUUACCCCCCACCAGUGGGACAGCAACUUACCCACCCAGGCGACUACCCCCGACCAGUGUCACUUACCCCAGGCCACCAGUGGGCAGACUUACCCCCACACAGUGGGCCAGACUUACCCCACACCAGUGGGCCCCAGACUAACCCCCACCCAGGGGCACCAGUAGGACAGAGUACCCCCGCACCACGGUCGGACACCCCCACCAGUGCAGUUACCCCACCAGUGGGUCAGACUUCCCCCGCACCAGUGGGUCAGACUGACCCCACGCACCAGGGGUCAGACUUCAGCCACACCAGUGGGUCAGACUUACCCCACACCAGUGGGCACCAGUGGGACAGACUUACCCCCACACCAGGCCAAGUGGACAGACUUACCCCCCACACCAGUGGCAGACUUACCCCACACCAGUGGGCCACCGUGGACCAGACUUACCCCACACAGUGGGCCACCAGUGAGACAUGCCAACACCAACCAGUGUGCACACACCAGUGGGACAGGACUUACCCCCACACCAGUGGGCAAACAGUGGGCCAGACUUACCCCCACACCAGUGGAUCAGACUUACCCCCGCACCAGUGGGUCAGACUUACACCCACACCAGUGGGCAAGACUUACCCCACACCAUUGGGUCAGACUUACACCCACAACAGUGGGUCAGACUUAUCCCAACACCAGUGGGCCAGACUUACACCCACACCAGUGGGUCGGACUUACCCCCACACCAGUGGGACAGACUUACCCCCACACCAGUGGGCCACCAGUGGGACAGACUUACCCCCACACCAGUGGGCCACCAGUUGGACAGACUUACCCCCUCACCAGUGGGACAGACUUACCCCCACACCAGUGGGACAGACUUACCCCCACACCAGUGGGUCAGACGUACCCCCACACCAGUGGGCCACCAGUGGGACAGACUUACCCCACACCAGUGGGCCACCAGUGGGUCAGAUUACCCCCCACACCAGUGGGUCAGACUUACCCCCCACACCAGUGGGCCAGACUUACCCCCACACCAGUGGGCACCAGUGAGCCAGACUUACCCCCACACCAGUGAGCCAGACUUACCCCCACCACCAGUGGGCCACCAGUGGGUCAGACUUACCCCCACACCAGUGGGCCAGACUUACCCCCCACACCAGUGGGCCACCAGUGGGUCAGACUUACCCCCACACCAGUGGGCCAGACUUACCCCCACACCAGUGGGUCAGACUUAACCCCACACCAGUGGGCCAGACUUACCCCCACACCAGUGGGCCACCAGUGGGUCAGACUUACCCCCACACCAGUGGGCCAGACUUACCCCCACACCAGUGAGCCAGACUUACCCCCACACCAGUGGGCCACCAAGUGGGUCAGACUUACCCCCACACCAGUGGGCCAGGACUUACCCCCACACCAGUGGGCCACCAGUGGGUCAGACUUACCCCCACACCAGUGGGGCCAGACUUACCCCACACCAGUGGGCCAUACUUACCCCCACACCAGUGGGGCCACCAGUAGGUCAGACUUACCCCAGCACCAGUAGGUCAGACUUACCCCCGCACCAGUGGGCCACCAGUGGGACAGACUUACCCCCACACCAGUGGGCCACCAGUGGGACAGACUUACCCCCACACCAGUGGGACAGACUUACCCCCACACCAGUGGGUCUGACUUACCCCCACACCAGUGGGCCACCAGUGGGACAGACUUACCCCCACACCAGUGGGCCACCAGUGGGACAGACUCACCCGCACACCAGUGGGUCAGACUUACCCCCACACCAGUGGGCCAGACUUACCCCCACACCAGUGGGCCACCAGUGGGUCAGACUUACCCCCACACCAGUGGGCCAGACUUACCCCCACACCAGUGGGCCACCAGUGGGUCAGACUUACCCCCACACCAGUGGGCCAGACUUACCCCCACACCAGUGGGCCACCAGUGGGUCAGACUUACCCCCACACCAGUGGGCCACCAGUGGGUCAGACUUACCCCACACCAGUGGGCCAGAUUACCCCCACACCAGUGGGCCACCAGUGGGUCAGACUUACCCCCAAACCAGUGGGCCAGACUUACCCUCACACCAGUGGGCCACCAGUGGGCCAGACUUACCCCCACACCAGUGGGCCAGACUUAACCCCACACCAGUGGGCCAGACUUACCCCCACACCAGUGGGCCACCAGUAGGUCAGACUUACCCCCGCACCAGUGGGUCAGACUUACCCCCGCACCAGUGGGUCAGACUUACCCCCACACCAGUGGGUCAGACUUACCCCCACACCAGUGGGACAGACUUACCCCCACACCAGUGGGCCACCAGUGGGACAGACUUACCCCCACACCAGUGGGCCACCAGUGGGACAGACUUACCCCCACACCAGUGGGCCACCAGUGGGACAGACUUACCCCCACACCAGUGGGCCACCAGUGGAUCAGACUUACCCCCGCACCAGUGGGUCAGACUUACACCCACACCAGUGGGCAAGACUUACCCCACACCAUUGGGUCAGACUUACACCCACAACAGUGGGUCAGACUUAUCCCAACACCAGUGGGCCAGACUUACACCCACACCAGUGGGUCGGACUUACCCCCACACCAGUGGGUCAGACUUAUACCCACACCAGUGGAUCAGACUUACCCCCACACCAGUGGGUCAGACUUAUACCCACACCAGUGGAUCAGACUUACCCCCACACCAGUGGGUCAGACUUACCCCCACACCAGUGGGCCACCAGAGAGCCAGACUUACCCCCACACCAGUGGGCCACCAGUGGGCCAGACUUGCCCUCACACCAGUGGAUCAGACCUACCCCAACACCAGUGGGUCGGACUUACCCCCACACCAGUGGGUCAGACUUAUACCCACACCAGUGGGUCGGACUUACCCCCAUACCAGAGGGCCAGACUUACCCCCACACCAGUGGGCCAGACCAGUGGGUCAGACUUACUCCCGCACUAGUGGGUCAGACUUACCCCCACACCAGUGGGUCAGACAUACACCCACACCAGUGGGUCAGACUUACCCCCACACCAGUGGGUCAGACUUACCCCCACACCAGUGGGUCAGACAUACAUCCACACCAGUGGGUCAGACAUACACCCACACCAGUGGGUCAGACUUACACCCACACCAGUGGGUCAGACUUACCCCCACACCAGUGUGUCAGACUUACCCCCACACCAGUGGGUCAGACAUACCCCCACACCAGUGGGUCAGACAUACACCACACCAGUGGGUCAGACUACCCCACACCCAGUGGGUCAGACUUACCCCCACACCAGUGGGUCAGACUUACCCCCACACCAGUGGGUCAGACUUACCCCCACACCAGUGGGUCGCCAGUGUUUUAAUGUUAAUGUUAGGUCUAGUGUAAUUGUGUUUCCAUCAGGAGUGUGACACUAAAGACUUGGGGUGAGCAGAAUCUUCAAUAGAAUAGAUCACACCCAGUGUAUUGUGUAAGAACACUAUAAGAGAUGGAGUUACUGUAAUUAACACUAUAAGAGAUGGAGUUACUGUAAUGAACACUAUAAGAGAUGGAGUUACUGUAAUUAACACUAUAAGAGAUGGAGUUACUGUAAUGACACUAUAAGAGAUGGAGUUACUGUAAUGAACACUAUAAGAGAUGGAGUUACUGUAAUGAACACUAUAAGAGAUGGAGUUACUGUAAUGAACACUAUAAGAGAUGGAGUUACUGUAAUGAAACACUAUAAGAGAUGGAGUUACUGUAAUGAACACUAUAAGAGAUGGAGUUACUGUAAUAACACUAUAAGAGAUGGAGUUACUGUAAUGAACACUAUAAGAGAUGGAGUUACUGUAAUUAACACUAUAAGAGAUGGAGUUACUGUAAUGAACACUAUAAGAGAUGGAGUUACUGUAAUAACACUAUAAGAGAUGGAGUUACUGUAAUGAACACUAUAAGAGAUGGAGUUACUGUAAUGAACACUAUAAGAGAUGGAGUUACUGUAAUGAACACUAUAAGAGAUGGAGUUACUGUAAUGAACACUAUAAGAGAUGGAGUUACUGUAAUGAACACUAUAAGAGAUGGAGUUACUGUAAUGAACACUAUAAGAGAUGGAGUUACUGUAAUUAACACUAUAAGAGAUGGAGUUACUGUAAUGAACACUUUAUAAGAAUGGAGUUCUGUAAUGACCACAAAGAGAUGGAUUUACGAAUGAAAACUAUAAGAGAUGGGGUUUACUGUAAUGAAACUAUAAAAUGGAUUUUACUGUAAUGAACACUUAAAAUGGGGUUAGGGAAUGAACACUAUAAGAGAUGGAAUUACUGUAAAAACACUAAAAGAGAUAAAAUUAAAGAAUAAAACCUGUAAGAGUUUUACUUUACUUUAAGACAUCGGCAUAAUUGAACCCUCGGGAAAAAAAGGGUUUUUGCUCAUCUUAGUAGAUUCUUGUAAAAAGGAAAAAUAUAAUCUCUAAACAUCUACAUUAAUUACCGGUUUUCGGGAAUAAAAAAGUUUGAGUUUCUCCCCCUUUUUUCCAUCUGCCAAAAAGGUUUUCAUUUUAAAGGGACUUUGGUCUUAUGAAAGUGCAGAGGUUUAGGGUCAAUCAUUUUGUUUCUGGAUUUGCUGAUUUCACUGUUCUCCUCUACCCUUUGCCCACAGGGGUGAGGGGUACGCAAAUCGAGACGUUUUGGCAGCACUGGGAGGGGAGCUGUUCACGGUGA